CUCCGAGUAAACAAGCCGCCGCCGCUUGCGGGGAGGGGGCUUCUCGGAGCUGGGCUGAUCCUUCCUUCCUCCCUCCCUCCCGCCGCCGCCGCCGCCGCCGAUCAUAAAGGGGCAGCGGUCCGACGGGCGCAAGCACUCCGGGAGCGCACGGCGAGCCCAGCUGAGUAGAGAGCCGCCCGCCAGGCUGGGUGCUGCGCAGCCGAUGGCUCCCUCCGGGCUCCUCCUCUUCCGCGCCGGCUGAGCUCCAGCCUCAUGACGGACGGGUGCCUUGCUGGACAGGACACGGGGUCCCCUCUCUGAGGCACCGCCGGCGGCCCCCCUCCCCGCUUCCAUGGAGCCCCGGCCUUGCCUGCUGCUCUUGCUGUGGACUCUGGGAGCCCCCCUGGCCCGAGAGGCGCUCGGCCAGCACAUCUACACCAACACCUGGGCCGUGCUGGUGCCGGACGGGCCCCAGGAAGCCGAACGGCUGGCCCGGAAGCACGGAUUCCGCAACCUGGGCCCGAUCGUCGGCGAUUAUUUCCACUUCUCCCACCGGGCCGUCGCCAAGCGGGCGCUCUCGCCCCAUCACUCCUGGCACAGCUCCUUGGGCCGAGAGCCGCAGGUGCUCUGGCUGGAGCAGCAGGUGGCCAAGCGCCGGAGGAAGCGGGACGCCUUCCUGGAGCCCACAGACCCCAAGUUCCCGCAGCAGUGGUACCUGUCCAACGGGAAUCAGCGGGACCUGAACGUGCGGGCCGCCUGGCAGCAGGGCUACACGGGCCGCGGCAUCGUGGUCUCCAUCUUGGACGACGGCAUCGAGAAGAACCACCCGGACCUAGAAGCCAAUUAUGACCCUGAGGCCAGCUUUGAUGUCAACGACCAGGAUUCCGACCCCCAGCCGCGCUACACGCAAAUGAACGACAACCGGCACGGCACGCGGUGUGCGGGCGAAGUGGCUGCCGCAGCCAGCAACGGCGUUUGUGGCGUGGGGGUGGCUUACAACGCCCAGAUUGGAGGGGUCCGCAUGUUGGACGGGGAGGUGACGGACGCCGUGGAGGCCCGCUCCCUGGGCCUGAACCCCCACCACAUCCACAUCUACAGCGCCAGCUGGGGCCCCGAGGACGACGGCAAGACGGUGGACGGGCCGGCCCGCCUGGCGGAGGAAGCCUUCUACCGCGGGGUCAGCCAGGGCCGCAACGGGCUGGGCUCCAUCUUCGUCUGGGCCUCGGGGAACGGCGGCCGCGAGCACGACAGCUGCAACUGCGACGGCUACACCAACAGCAUCUACACCCUCUCCAUCAGCAGCACCACCCAGCUGGGCAACGUCCCCUGGUACAGCGAGGCCUGCUCCUCCACCCUGGCCACCACCUACAGCAGCGGCAGCCAGAACGAGAAGCAGAUCGUGACCACGGACCUGAGGCAGAAAUGCACAGAGUCGCACACAGGCACCUCGGCCUCGGCGCCCCUCGCAGCGGGCAUCAUCGCCCUGGCCCUGGAAGCCAACAAGAACCUCACCUGGCGUGACAUGCAGCACCUCGUCGUGCGGACCUCGAAGCCCGCGCACCUCAACACCGACGACUGGAGCACCAACGGGGUGGGCCGCAAAGUCAGCCACUCGUAUGGCUACGGACUCUUGGAUGCGGGAGCCAUGGUGGCGCUGGCCAGGAACUGGACCUCCGUGGGGCCGCAGCGGAGAUGCGUCAUUGACGUCCUCGCGGAGCCGAGGGACAUUGGGAAGCGGCUGGAGGUCCGCCAGAAGGUGGGAGCCUGCCUGGGCCAGGCCAGCUACAUCCACCAGCUGGAGCACGUCCAGGCCCGGCUGACGCUCUCCUACAACCGCCGGGGAGACCUGGCCAUCCACCUGGUCAGCCCGAUGGGCACCCGGUCCACGCUGCUGGCCGCCAGGCCCCACGACUACUCUGCGGACGGCUUCAGCGACUGGGCCUUCAUGACGACGCACUCCUGGGACGAGGAUCCGGCUGGCGACUGGUUGCUGGAGAUCGAGAACACCAGCGAAGCCAACAAUUACGGCACCCUCACCAAGUUCACGCUGGUUCUCUACGGGACGGCCUCCGACCCUCCCAGCCUCUCCAACCAGUUUGAGAGCAGCGGCUGCAAGACCCUGGCGACCGGCCAGGCCUGUGUGGUGUGUGAAGAGGGCUUCUACCUGCACCAGAAGAGCUGCCUGAAGAGCUGCCCGCCUGGCUUUGCCCCUGGACCGGGGCCUGCCCCCCCGCUGGGGAACAGCCUCGACCCCCACCUGAGCCCGCGCCUCUGCGUGCCCUGCCACCCGUCCUGCGCCACCUGCCUGGGCCCGGCCGCCACCCACUGCCUGUCCUGCCCGGCCCACGCCCACUACAGCCGCCAGGAGCAGACCUGCUCCCACCAGACGCAGAGCAGCCGGGCCUCGCCCGCCCUGAGCGAGAGGGUGGCCCUGGCCAGCCCGGGGGCCCCCUCCCGCCUGCCCAUCGUGGUGGCCACCCUGGGCUGUGCCUUCAUCGCGCUGGUCUUCGUCACCGUCUUCCUGGUGCUGCAGCUGCGGUCGGGGCUGCGGCUCCGAGGGGUCAAGGUCUACUCGCUGGAGAGCGGCAGCAUCAUCGCCUACAAGGGGCUGCCCUCGGACGCCUGGCAGGAGGGGCCCGACGAGGAGGAGGAGGAGGAGGGCGAGAGGACUGCCUUCAUCAGAGACCAGAGCACCCUUUGAUGAGCCUGUGGCCCCCGGCACAGCAGGGGGGAGCCAGCCGAGGGGCCUGUGUCUCUGCCCCCUUUGCUCCCCCGCACCCACCCGUCCAUCUCUGGGGCUGGGCAUGGACUGUGGCCUGGCGCUUGCUGGCCCAAUGCUGCUGGAGCCCAGCCUCUGCCGCCGCCGCCGCCGCUGCGCCCUCUCCUGGUUUUAACUCACCAAAGUGUUUCCUAGACUGGACCAGUCUGUCUUCUGGGGGGGAGGGCGUGGGGCAGGGGCCUGCCCGCCCGCCUGCCUGCCUUCUGCCUUGGGUGGAGGGGGGCUGCUCUCGGGUGGGGGAGGGAGGCCUUCUCUGUCCGGCCCGUUUCCUGUGGCACCACCAGGCAUCCCUCCUCCGGGGGAGGGGGGAGUGGGACCCCCAUGGAGCUCCGUUGCCCCCUCCCUGCCAGCAAUAACUGCGGAGCUUUUCUCUCUGCCCCCCCCCGCCGGUCCAUGGGGCAAGUGCUGCUGCUGCUGCUUCUGGCGCCUCUCUUGCCCCCCCCCCGUAUUCACCCCUAUUCUCUUCCUCCCCCCCCCCCCGCCGGCUCUGCUGCCUCUGCCAUGGGAGAAGGGGCCGGAGCUGGGUCCUCUCCUGCCUGCGGGGGAAGUGAUGCUUCUGGGCUUCCGCUUCAGCACAGUGGCGGGGGGGGGGGCAAGAGAGGUGUCCCCUCCCCGCUGCAGGACGAGGCGUGGCUCCCUCCCUCCAGGGCCGCCUGCUUGCCCCGCCCCCCCGGCCCCCCCAGCACCACCCUGGAUCCGCCCACAGUCACCGGAGCUUCCACCUCUCCUCACGUGCCUUCUUGCUCCCUCCCUCUUUGAUGACAAUCUCUUGCUGGUCCGGGGGUCCUGCUGCCUGCCCUCCUGGGGGCCGCCCCCCAGCCCUCUGUCUGCUGCCGACCCCAGGGCGCUACCUGGUGGGGGCCGUGCAAUUGUGGGGGGCCGCGCAGGGGCUGCCCAGGAACUCUUUUUCUAUCAACCUUUUUGGUGCACAAAUGAUUUUCUUGUAAUUUAAACAAGGAGCCGAUUCCUGUGGCCAGUUUUUUUUUUAAUUUAAUGGAUGUGGAUAUAACGCUAGAGAGAUUAAAGUUUAUUACAUGUUGAAACUAUGCAAA